AUGUGCAAGUCGAUUUCUGCACGGGAAAUCGGCAAUGACAAGGGCUGCAGCAGUGAAAACUUUAUGAAUCGGGCUUCGCCUUGCGAUGAUGCCCAGGAUCCCGGCCUACCCCCAGAUGGAGGGUAUGGCUGGGUAUGCACUGCUGCUGCUGCGACUAUCAAUAUGCACUCUUGGGGCUUCAACUCGGCAUAUGCCGUAUUUUUGGCUCAUUACCUCGCAAAUGAUACUUUCCCUGAGGCCACUACGCUCCAAUACGCUUUUGUUGGUGCUCUCAGUCUCACAUUUCUCUUUCUCGUCUCGCCCAUAGCAACAUAUUCGACACGAAAGUUGGGCAUUCGUCCAACUAUGACAAUUGGAGUUUUAUUCGAAACGGCAAGCCUCAUCGCUGCUAGUUUUGCCACACAAAUUUGGCAUCUUUUUCUCACGCAGGGCCUCCUAUUUGGCAUCGGGCUCGGCCUUCUGUUCAUACCUACGGCUUCAGUCGUGCCCCAGUGGUUUACAACGAAGCGAUCCCUCGCGAGUGGCAUUUCAUUGGCUGGGGCCGGCCUUGGAGGGGGCGUAUACUCCCUUUCGGCAUCGGCCAUGAUACGGAGCCUUGGUGUUUUCUGGGCGUUUCGCAUCUUGGCUAUCAUUGCCUUCGUUGUGAAUACUUCCUGCAUUUUCCUGAUCAAGGAUCGGUAUAAAAAUACGAAAGGAUCGCGGUCAACGAUAGAUAUUUCUCUCUUCAAGCGGCUCGACUAUUCGCUUCUCAUCGCGUUCGGCAGCUUUACUAUGCUUGGAUAUUUCAUUCUUAUAUUCAGCUUGGCAAACUUUGCAAACAGUAUCGGACUCGACUCAUCACAAGCCGCAACUAUAAGUGCUGUCUUCAACUUUGCACAGGCGGUUGGACGUCCUAUUAUUGGUUACUUCAGCGACUCAUUUGGUCGGAUCAAUAUGGCCGGCUCAACAACAUUCUUGGCUGGUUUGCUAUCGCUGGCCGUUUGGAUACCCUCGAAGACAUAUGGUGUGAGUCUUUUCUUUGCCAUCAGCUCAGGUCUUGUGGCGGGCAACUUCUGGGCUACAAUAGGACCACUUGUAGCUGAAGUGCUUGAUCUUGGAGAAGUCCCAUCAGGUCUGAGCUUACUCUGGCUGAGUCUGGCAAUACCUUCAACUUUCAGCGAGCCGAUUGCGCUUAAGAUAGUCGAUGGUACCGGCAGUUACCUUGGGACUGAAAUAUUUACAGGUAUGAUGUACAUUGCUGCAGCUGCUUGUCUUGGAAUCUUGCGGGGGUUGGUAAUACAACAACGGGAAGUUGAGCGAGAUUCCUCUAUCAAUCCACACGAAUAUGUGGAGAGUACUGGAGAUCGUGGCGAUACUGUCAAUACGCUGUCCCGGCCCCGGCCAUCAGCUAUAGCAUUCAUAAAAUGCUGCUUUAGUGCGGGCAGGUAUUAG